AUGGCAGAGGCGCUGCGGCUGGGCUUCGGGGAAACAGCCAGCGUGGAAAUGCUGCCGGAGGACGGCGGCUGCAGGCCCACGGCCAGGGCUGGGCUGGCGCCCAGGAGGAGCAGUGCCCACUGGCCUCUGACCUGCUGCCUGCUGUCGAUCCCCAUCCUGGCCGCACUCACCACCUACCUGCUCGUCGGCCAGCUCCGGGCCCACGGAGAGGCCUGUGAGCACCAGACUCCAAAAGAGCAGGAGACUGGACCUUCACAUCAGCGAGCUUACGCACCUCCUGGAGCUGAUAGGGAGAAGCCAAGGGCGCACCUGACAGUUGUGAGACAGACUCCCAUGCAGCCCUUGAAAAAUCAGUUCCCAGCUCUGCACUGGGAACAUGAACUUGGCUUGGCCUUCACCAAGAACCGGAUGAAUUACACCAACAAAUUCCUGGUGAUCCCAGAGUCGGGAGACUACUUUGUUUAUUCCCAGGUGACAUUCCGAGGGACCACAUCCGAGUGUGGUGAAAUCAGCCAAGGGAGGAGACCAAACAAGCCAGACUCCAUCAUUGUGGUCAUCACCAAGGUAACAGACAGCUACCCCGAACCAACUCAGCUCCUAAUGGGGACCAAGUCAGUGUGUGAAAUAGGCAGCAACUGGUUCCAACCCAUCUACCUAGGGGCCAUGUUCUCCUUGAAUGAAGGGGACAAGCUGAUGGUGAAUGUCAGCGAUAUCUCUUUGGUGGAUUACACAAAAGAAGAUAAAACCUUCUUCGGAGCCUUCCUGCUAUAG